UCUCUGUGCGUAUGAGUAUAAAUAUAAUAGAGGUGCGCAAAGUUAUAUCAAUCGUAAUAAAACCAUUGCAACAAUGAACGAGUUUCGCUGGAUUUUCUGCGCAAUAUGGCUUAUUGUGCCUGUAAUCAGAACGUCGAUUGCGGGAAAAGGCGGUGAUAGGAUAGUCGGAGGACAAGGAGCAACUCGGGGUCAAUUUCCGUGGAUGGCCGUGAUCACUAGCGAGAUCAAUGGCGUAGUUCAAUUAUAUUGUGGGGGAUCCAUGAUCAGCGGAGAUUACGUGAUCACAGCAGCUCAAUGCGUUCCACCGGAGAAUGAUUUGAGUGCCAAGAUUCGGGUUGUCCUUGGUGUCCACAAUGUAUCAUUGACAUCUGGGUCUGAGAUUGGCCGUGUUGAUUUGAUCGCUGACUAUCAUUUCGUUCAUCCUGGAUACAACCCAACUACUUUGGCGAACGAUAUUGCAAUUGUCCAUUUACCGACAAGAGUCAGUUCAUCACCUUACAUUGACCCAUCACGGUUGCCUUACGCUUCUGAGGCCACCGAAACGUAUCAGGGCAUAAGGACGCGUGUGAGCGGCUGGGGAGCGAGCAGGGAUGGCGGCCUGUCAACUCAUUCAGAUGUCUUACAAUUUGUUGACAAUAACGUCAUGGAGCUGCAAUUCUGCAGGGACUAUUACCCGAAUUUCGACGUGACAGAUAAACACAUAUGCAUUUAUCCUGAAGGAGGACGCGGACCUUGCCAUGGUGACGAGGGGUCGCCCCUGACCUUGACCGAGCCAACCUCCGAAGCUCACCAGAUUGGAAUAUUUUCAUUUGGUGAUCCAACCUACUGCACUCGCGGCAAACCUGUCGUCUACACCAAGCUUGCGAGCCAUUGGGACUUCAUCACUGACUACACCGGAAUUCGGCCACAACCGUAAACGGGAUUGUAGGAAUUUGCCUAGAAUAUCGUAUUUGUAAUGAAAAUCCCAUAGUAAGAAAGCA